AGAAAGGGGAGGGCGAGGCGAAGAGAGGCAGGCGUAACCGGAGUGGGAAAGGAAAGAUCUCUUGGGGUCCGUCCGGCUCGCUGAAUGUGCAGCGAACGAUUCUUUGCAGAGCACCCUCCUCCUCGGCUUUUAUGACAUUUUCUGGGAAUGGGGAAGGAAAUGGGAGGUCUUCCCCCGUGGACACUGGAUGUGAGUGUGUGUAUAUGUGUGUGUGUAUAAUCGCUUUGGCGUUUGCAGCAGGGGGAAAUCUGUAUUAUAUUCCGCAUGUGUCGAUGGGUGUUUUGGAACAGCAGGGGGAGGAGGAGCGGAGGGUAAUAAGUCAGGCGUGCGGGAGGGUUUAGGGAGGUGUUGGGGAGAGAGGUUUUUGUUUUGUGCGGGCGGAGCAAAGCAGCUGUCAGAUCUACAGGCCUUUUAACCCAAGCUGGGGGCGGUGGAAUGGAGUGGCCACCACCGCCGUCACCUUCACCCCCUUCAUCCCUUUACCCGGUCCUCUUCUCCUUCCAUUCCUCAGCCGCCACCUUCCCCUUUCCCUGCGCCGCGCUGGAGCCCAAGGCUCGAAGUCCGUUGGCCAAGAGUCGGCCCCCUCCGAGCAGUUUGCGCGUCAGCUGUCAUCUAUCUGCUGCCGCCGCCGGUCAGCUUGGACUCCAGCCGCCGCAGGCGUGGGGAGAAUGCACAAGUUGAGUGUCGGAGAGGGACGAAGGAUUGGAGCCACCCGCAUCAAAUCCUAACUCUCGGGGAGGGGUGGGUGGGGAAGUAGCAGGGAUCGAGGCUGAGGGAGAGUUCCCAAAUUAGUCUCUUGUGAGAAUGCUGUUUGUGAGAGAGUGUAUGUUUGGCAUCUCGACUCCAGUGAGCUCUUUCGAGAGUGAGAUCCUUUUAAACAUCCUCUCGCAUGAAAGUGUCAUUACUCUUUUGCCCUGCUUCGCUCUGCUUCCCGCCCCGAAGUCCUAAGCUUCACUCUGCUGCAAAAGAAUUUUUAUUAAAGAUUUACGCCUCCCGCCAGCAAGCCAGGGAAUUGUCAAUCAAAAGUAUUCUGGGUCCUUCAGCGCGACCCCUCUCCCCGCCCCCUGUGGGUCAGUGACCGAGACCGGGGUCGGUUGUGGAGGCUGGAGUUUGAAAGGAGUUGCUGCCUUUUGUAAUUCAAAAACCGCCAGUAACCUGGGGGUUGGAGGGGGGGGGGUUAAGGGGGGGUGAUCCCUCUGUCCAGCCCAGAAUUUGAAUCUUACGUUCCCAAGGAAAUGCUGACACGUGUAGUUUUGAGAAUAUGUUCAUGUUGGGUGAUGGGAUGUUUAUAAUUCCUUUCGUAGGUGAUGUUUGGUGUCUUGCACUUAGUUAUCUUUUAGACCAUUUUUACAACUUGGGGAAAGUUACCGUACGUGGGAGAUACUUUAGUAGUGAGUUUUUUGGUUUCUUUACUGGGUAUGCACAAAUCCAGCCUGCCAGCCAACCCUUUCCAAACUGAUGGUGUGCCAAGGUCAGAACCAAAUAUUAAAUGGUCCAUCACAGAAACCCUUGGAUCGGAACAUUUGCCCUAUGGUUAGAAAUUGCAUUUCUCAGACAUCACCUUUGGUGAAGAAUUUCUCACGCUCUGUGUAAAUUUCAUCUGUUGAGUGUAUUUAACUAAAAAGGGUAAUUACUUCAAAUAAAAAUCCUUUCCUGCCUAGUGGGAACCCUGGUGAAGAUGAUGCUUAAUGAGAUAUUUUGCUUUUGUCUGUUUAGAGUAAAAUUAGAGAUGUUAACUCUGAUAACGAUUUUCUCAGAUCAUUAAAAUGUAACAUGUAGGAAAGGCAGUUUGCUGCAGAGGCUGUGGCUGUCAUGAAAGAAACUAAGUGUGAAAUCAUGCUUCUCUCCUUUUGUGGAACAGGCUAUUUUUGUAAUCCAGAGGGUGUCUUUCUUUAAAAUGCUUUAGUUAUUGUGAGAUCACCCAACCCUGAUUACAAAAAUCCUGGCAGUUCUGGAGUAAACUACAUUUUUCAUUCUUUCAGGUAAUAAUAAAUGUGAGUCAAAAAUGACAUCUUGUUAGAAUCAGUCUUUGGUAUGUAAGAAAGAUUGCUAAAUUAUAGUGUUGUUGUUCAGGCUGCUAUAGUUAAAGGUAUGUCAGUAUUUUCAUUAUAAAUUCAUUUUUUUCAAUCAUUUAUAAUUUUACCAUGAAACUUUUAGUGGCAGAAAUGUUUUUUCAUUUGGAAGAUCUUUGAUUAAAGUAUUCUGAUUUUUAAAAAAUGGAUUGAUUGUUUACUUUGUUCUUUGUGCUUUCAAAACUUACUAUUUAAAUGGUCUCCUAGAGAUGGAAUUGAAAAGUAUAAGUGCAGUAUCAUAGAGAAACUGCUUUUAAUAUUGAAAGGAAAAAAACAGGUUGAAGGUUAUAUUCACACAGACUUUUCAUAUUAAGCAUUAAAAUGUUUCACAUUUCUUAUUUGGUUCUUAGCAAUGAGUUCUUUUUUGAUGAAAUAUUUACUGUUUUCUCAGUAGGUAGAUAAACAUGUACAUUUAUAUUAUAUGUGCCAGUAUACUCUUCAUGCGUGUCUUGAUUCUUAACCAAACAUAAUGGCAAAAUUUCUGAUAGAUUUACAAGUGUUCGUAAGACCCCCUUUUCCUUUCCCUCCUCCCCAAAGAAUGAAAGAAAAAAGAGAUGCAGAUAGGUAGGGGAAAAGGUCUGUUUCUAAUGUUGCUGGUGCCUGGGAAGAAAUCAUUUAUCAUCUUUUUCUUGAACUCUCAAUGGCAAUUCCCUAGCCUUGCUUCACCUCUUGGGGCCUUUGUGUGGGGCUUAAUUAUUUGCAAACUGCUUUGAAAUCCCCAGAUGAAAGGCAGUGUAUAAGUGCAAAAGUAUUGUUAUUCAGAUAUGGUUGUUAAUGAGCCAUUACAGUUUUUCAGAAAAAUGUCUGUUCAAAGAUGGUAGGAAACAUUUCCACCUGAUAAUAACUGCUUAAAAGAAGGUUCAGAUUACUCAUGAGAUAAUUCACUCCAACCAUGUCCUCUUCAAUUUGUUGCAAUUCAUUUUGUGAUCAAAGUGAGUUGCAUAGAGACAGAUGGUCAGGUUCAUGUUCACAUCUAUGCUGGGCUAGGACUUCACUUCUGGACUUCUUUAGCAACUCUCUGUAGAACUAAAAGGGGAGUGAGUUAUUCAUUUGCAUUUGUGAUGAUCACAUCAGAGAGGGUCCUUGGAGGCCAACAAAAGGGUUUAGACCAAUUUGCCUUAUUGACAGUUAUUUCAUUCUAGCUUGAUUUCCCUGGUAUGGACCCAGACUCAAAUGGGCAGGUAACCUAGCAUGUAUCCUGUUCUUGUUUAGGGAGUACACAGUGAACCUGGCUCUGGCUUCAGCUUUUAGCAGUGGUACUAUUACUUGUAGUAAGUCAAAAGAAUUCAAAAGAGAGAUAAAGCUGCCUGACUUAUACAGACACCUCCCAUUAGCUUUUCCAUAUAUUUUUGUAAAUCAAAGGCAGAAGAAAUAUUAAUACAUUGUACUAAGGACACAGUUGAAUUCUGAGCUGAAUAACAUUACAGCUUUACAGUGUGAUUCUAUCUCUUACCACUCUUUCCUCUCUGUUUUGCUUGUUAUGGACUAAACAUAAUAUAGAUGGAUGGUGUAAUAGAGAGAACACUCAUCCUAGACUCGGGAAGAUCUGGGUUCUGAUUUAGCCUUAGACACAGUGUGACUCUGGGCAAGUGACUUAAUUUUUCUUAGCCUCAGUUUUUUCUUCAAUAAAAGGGGAGUAAAUAAUAACACUUAGCUCCCAGGAUUACUUUAAGAAUAAAAUGAUAUUAUACUUGUAAAUUGUUUUGAAAACCCUUUAAAACAUUUUAUGAAAAGGGCAGCUAGGUGACUCUGGAUAAAGAGCCAGACCUGGGACAGGAGCUCCUGGAUUUAGAUCUGCCCUCAAAGGCUUCCUACCUGUGUGAUUCUGGGCAAGUCACUUAACCCCCAUUACCUGGCUCAUAUCACUCUUCUGUCUUGGAACCAAUAUACAUUAUUGAUUCUAAAACAGAAGGUAAGGGUUUAAAAAAAAAACCCUAUAUGAAUGAACUAUUAUGGAUAUGUGGCCUUAUUUAUUCAUUCAUUCAGCAAGCUUAUAUUAAAUACAUGCUAUGUGCAGAGUCAUUUAUUAGGUACUGAGGUUACACAGAUGAAUUAGAUGAUGCUUCCUGACCUUAGAGAGUUUAAGGUUAGCAGAAGAGAAAAUAAUAACUAAUAAUAGUGAUUAAUAACAAUAGCCAGAACUUCUAUAGCACUUUAAGGUUUGUCAAAUGCUUUACAAAUAUUCUCUCAUUUGAUCUUUACAACAAGCCUAGGAAGUAGGAUCUGUUAUUCUUGGUACAGCAAAUAUAAUGCUGAGUGCAUGGGGUUACUUAUAGGGUACUAUAUAAAAGCCUCGAUUUGAGAAUCUCCUUGUGGUUGGUAAUAUUUUUCCCUAAGGGAAUUCCUUCCACUAAUUGAAAUUUGAAAUUUCUGUGCAGACUUUGAUUCCUCCUAUUCCCCAGCUCUCAGAAUCCUAAUUUUCCUUCAGAUCUUAGCCCCUGUGUGACCUCCUCUGUGAAACUUUCCUCCAAUUGUCUGUUCUCUUUUCUUCCUUAAAAAUAUUGAUUAUACUUGCUUUUUCAGUAUUCAUAUUGUGUUCUUGCUAUCAGUCUAUCCCCUCCAAAAAAAAAUGUAAGCUACUUGAAGGCAGAGCUUAUCCUUUUGUCUUUGAAAUGUUGCCAUACAUUUGAUAGGCUGCUUAAUAAAUGUUCAAGUUAUAUAAAAAGUAACGAGGCUUAGCUUGGAGGAGUUUGAGGCCAGAGCCCUGAGGUCUGGAGUAUAUGUCAGAAGUAACCUUAGGUGAUGCUUGGGCAUGUAAAAUCCAAUUCAACAAACACAUUAAUCAUUUAACAGUGCAUUUACUGUGAUAAAAACCAAGCUGUAGAUUACAGAAUUAUGUAGAACCAGUAUGUUAGGGGCAAUUGUAAAGUGGAUUGCCGGCAAAUGUGCCUGAAACAUUGGGUAUUUUAUUUAGCUAUCUAGCUAAUUUACUGUGAUUUUUAAAUUAAAAAAAAUUUAAUUACCAAGCAUUUUAUGUAGCUAAUUUGUAUAAUGCCAAACUAUCUCUGAGGUGAAUUAGCAUUUUAAUGCUACUGGGCAAAACUGACUCAGAAGAUCAAAUCAUUUCUUACCUACAUGCUGUGUCUAGGAUACAGUUGCAUCACAAGAUAGGAGUUUCGAGUAAUGUAGGGGAGUCAGUAUGGUGUAAUUGAGAAAAUACUAACCUUCAAUCAAAGAGCCUGGGUCCUAAUUCUGGCCCAGCCAAAUUAGGAAUUGUGUAACCUUGGACAAGUCACUUUAUCUCUCUAGGGCCCAAUUUCUAAUCUCUAAAAAUGAAGGUGUUUCCUCAUCUGUUAAAUGAUGAGAUGGAAUUAGGAACACUUCCAACAUUAAACCUAAUUCACCUAAAGAACCUUAAGUAGUGCUUUGUUGCCAAGUUGUUAUAUAGUUAUUUUAACCUUUAAAAGACAAAAGAAGGUCAAGGUAAGAUAGAAACUUGGGCUUAUCUGGUAUUAGAUUCUAGUUAAGUAGUUGACUUAUACCGCCAUAUUUAUGCUAUACCCAUACAACAAUAUCCUAUCUAACGACCACAAUAUUUCUAAAUAAUAUGUAAAUUGGCCCAUAUUCUUAUUCAACUUAAUGGUAUUACUUAAAGACUCAGCCAGCAAUUCACUCUUUUUUCCCCUUAGAUUUUCCUUCCAAAACAAUAAAUCAUUUCACUCAGAAAGCUCUUGUCGUUUUCUCAUCCCUGCCACUGGAAGCAGUGCCAAAACAUCUCUCAGACUUCCAAAUGACUUUGCAAUCAAGGUUCAGGCAGUGCAAUCCCUUGGUAAUGUCUCUUUUGUAUCUUAUCCUCAUAAUGAAUUGGUCUUUGGGUCUAUGAUCAGCCCUUUUUCCUUUUUCUGUCUCAGUAUAGAUUAUCUUCUCCUUAUGCUGACCACCUUUUUCUUUUGUCAAUCUUGAGCAAAAUAAUAGAUUCCAUAAUGGUAAAUAUAUAUGUAUAUAUAUUUAUAUAUACACACACACACAUAUAUACACAUACACAUAUACAUAUAUCUCUUUGCCAGUCAUGUCCCUCCUGUUUCAAUUCCUUCCUACUUUUCUUUUAAAAAAAUAUUCCUCUAUUUUCUAGUCCCAUCAUAUCUCCUUUCUCCUUGUUCUAAACUUUUGACUGCCACAUGACAAACUCUGGCUGUCACCAGAAGAAAACAUUUCUAGUCCAUUGACAGUUUCUGAUUCCAUUUUGUGACAUCUUACUGGCUUCCUUCUCUAUGGUCCUUUUCAGAUCUUUCUCCCUGACACCUUCUUCCCUAGUUGCUAUAGAGUUUUUCUCAAUUUUUCUGUCCUAUCCCCCACAGGCCAUCUCAAUCUAUAAGUUCUCAUCACAUCCUUGUGAAGUAGGGCAUAACUAGACUGACUUUAUUCUUAUCAUUUUACAUAUGAGAAAACCAGAAUUAAAGUAACUUGCCCAAGGUUACUGAAUGAGUCAGUAGUGGAAUUGGAAAAAUUCUCUAACGAAAUGACAAAUACUCCAGUGUUCUACCUAUUAGCCCACAUUUCUCUUGUGUGCAAGCAAGUUAUUUCUUUAAAAGUUUGUCAACUUUAUCCAUCAGCGUGGGUAAUCCUUCUGUCAGAGCAGAUCACUACCCUUUCCUUCACACAUUAGCAGAUGAGUUGUGAUGACCAAAAAAGAGAAGCACAAUCAUGAAGGGGGUCAGUCUGCUAGUACUGAGCCUGUCUGAAUUUAACUAGGUCAGUUCUCAGAAGUCAAACCCACAUAACAAGUGGGUCCAUACUUGAAACUUGGAAUAGGACCUCCCUGAAUUUGUAUUACGUGGGAAUAGGCCCUAGUCUCAUCCUCAUCUUGGUCAGGUAUCAUAGUAGGACAUCACUGGAGACCCUUGGUGAUAAUAUGCAGUAAUUACUUAUAGAGUUCCCUUUUAUUCCUGAGUGUGUCCAAAAACAUUCAUUAUCUUUUUAGACUGCAGAUUUUCAGCAUGUGUGUGGAUCCUCACCAAAUGGGCCAGGGCUGCACAGGUACCUUUCUGGUAAGGCAGCUUGCCACAUUACGACUGACACUCUGGAACAGAUGCCUCUUCCUUUUUCUUUGGGACAACAUAGUGUAGAGAGAAUAGUCCUACCUGAGGUCGAAUUCUGACUUUGCUGGUUUUCUGUGUAACUGAGAGGAGAUUGCUUAAUCUCCUUCAAUCCCUGUUUUCUCAUCUGUAAAAUUAGAAUGAUGGAUUAAAUAAUCUUUAGGUCUUCUUCUAGCUCUUUUAGAGUUCUUCUAACCCUAUUAAUUAUCUCCCAUUUCAGAAGUUUUUACCUUCCUCUCUCUGUGGCCCUUUGUAGAACUGUUAUGAACCUGGAGUCACCAUGUCUACUUUGGUUCAUCACAAGGUACCUAAAAAAAGGCCCAGAAUUGCAUUGCUGUGACUCUGUGACAAGUAAAAGUAAAAUUUUAUUUUUUUAAUUAAAAACUAUGAAAAUUUUCAGAUUCCAUACUGAGAGUAGGGAAUUACAAAUCAGAUUCUUUACAUAUGCAUGCACAUUUCAUUAAAUAUUUCUUAUUUACAUGUAAAAAAUUUUGAUUUUCAUUUUUUAAAAUUUCACAUUCUGAAUUCUUUCUUCCCUUCCACCAGUCUCCCAUUCUUUGAGAUGGCAAGCAAUAUAUUGAUUUUAUAUGUGAAAUCAUGUAAAACACAUUUCCAUUGCAAAAGAGAACACACAUAAAACCAUGAAAAAUAAAGAAUGUUAAAAAAAUAAAAGCAUUAAAAAAAUCAGUAUUCAGCCAGUUAUUAGUUCCCUGUCUAGAAAUGGAGAGCAUUUUUCAUCAUGAGUACUUUGGAAUUGUCUUGGAUCACUGUCUUGAUCAGAGUAGUUGAGUCUUUCAUAGUAGAGCAUUUUUAUAAUAUUGGUGUUGCUGUGUCCAUUGUUUUCCUAGUCUAUUGCAUACUUCACUCUGCAUCAAUUCAUACAAAUUUUCUGUUUUUUCCGAAAUUGUCCUACUCAUCAUUUCUUAUAGCAGUCAUAUCUUGUCACAAUCACAUACCACAACUUCAUCCAUUCCCCAAUUGAUGGACAUCCCCUUAAUUUCCAGUUCUUUGCCACCACAAAAUAUAUAUAGCUAUAAAUAGUUUUGUACAAGUAACCUCUUUCCCCCUUUUCUUUGAUAUCUUUUUGAUAUAGAUCUAGUUACAAAGCAUAUUUUUGGUAUGCAGAUAUCCACUCCCAUUUGGACAGUUAAAAAUUUUUUGGUUAAUUUUUACAUGAUCAUAAAUUAAAUGAGCAAGAAAUCAAAUUAUCUUUUAAGGGUCUCGCUUCCACAGUUGUUUCUGUAGUGAUGAUUUUGAUUCAAAGUAGGGUUAACUGUCCCUGGAACACAGUGUCUGAGAGUCAUUGCAUGCCUCAUUAUCCAGAACACUUGAAUGAAGAUCUUGUGGUAAAUUAUUAACUUAUAACUUCAUUGGAUCUGUGAUCUUAUCAAUGUGAGUUUUUGUACCGGAUGCACACCUUUUUUCCUGGGUGACUUGUCCCUUUACUCUGGUAAAUCUUAUCAUCCACAUAAUAUCUAUGCAAUGUGUUAGGAGUUUUCCUUUCAGUUUCUUAGCAAUAAAGGGGUACCACGGUAGCACUUCAACUUUUCUCUGUUAUCCUCUAGAUAUGUGACCAGUCUACCUCCUUUUCUAGACAUCUAUGUCUUUGAUGGGAUCUUAAUAAUUCCUUCUUGUGAAAUAUUACAGUGUUUAAGGAAUCAAAAUUGCAGGGAGGCAGUAAAGAGAUAAAGGAUGAACAUAGAUACCCCACAGCAUAUUACCAAAGACUUAAUUGCAUGUAAGAAGUGUUGUGUGCUAUUAAUAAAACUAAUAUCCAUCUGUUUUUAAAAAGCUAUUUUUAGAAUAUAGUACAUUUCUAAAAAUGGUCAUAAUUUGAUCACCUUUUGAUAUUAGGAAUUUUACUUUAUUGCCAAGUUAUAAAAUUACAAAAUAAUUUCUCUGCAAAUUGGUAUUGUUUAUGAUUUGAUGUUUUUUCUAAUGUCAUUCUUUAGAUUUUUUUGUUUGUUUGUUUGCUAUUUAGGGGAUAGAGUGAGGAUGAUGAAGUAGUAGAGGAAUAUAUUGACUUGAUGUUUUAAAGGAAGAGAAAGAAAGAAGGUAAAGUCAACAAUUCGCCUAAUAGGCAUUUUAAUAUACUGAGGAGGAAAAUUUGAUUUAGACAUAAUCAUGUUAAAGCACCCUAUUACAAAUAUUGGCUUCCAGUAAUAGAUAAAAGUAGGUGACCUUUAUUCUCUUUAUAAUCCAUUUCAGGGAAAUAUUAUCUUUACAGAUUAGUGUGUUGCAACUCUUUACUAAAGGUUUGAAUGGAUUUUUAAAGAACUAGGCUGGGGUAGUUCAGUGGGCAAUGACCCUGAGGUUACCUGAAGGUUUUCAGGAUUACUGUUCAGAAUGCUUUCUCAACUCUGUCGUUGCUGGUCACCACAUUAUUAUUUUCAGCUAAAAGAUAUUCUCUAGUAGUUGUCUAAAUAUUGUGUGCUUUUGCAGUUCUAACUGAGAAUCUAUAAAAUGUCUGAAAGUAGUGGGCUCAUUUUGCGUAUUUAGUUUGAAUUGGAAAUCUUUGUAGUCAGCUGAAUAGUGAUGCUCAGAGUGUCACUGUUGGGGGUUUUAUGUGAUUUUUAAAAAAUCAAGUAGAUGAGUGCAUACAGAUUUCUAUGCAAACAAUGAUGAGCUUAAAUUAAAGCUGCUGAUUUACUGGGAGAAUUACUUGCAUUGAUUUGAAGAAUAUCUAUAUGGGUUCAAGAUUCCAUAUUAUGCAAAUCAUUAAGCACUGAAGAGUCAAACUGUGAAAGAAAUGAAAUUAAAUAUGUCAUAUCUUAUUGCUUAUUCAGGAAAGAAAAUGUAGGUAUAUUUGGAGUUGUUCUCUGUUUUCCUUAAUGGGAAGAGGCUGGAGUCAGAGCUAGGCAAAAUUGUGAAUCAAGAAGUUUGUUUUUUUACAUUUCUAAUCUUCCUUUUUUAUGUCUUUCCCCUCUUUUCUACUGACUUCCCUUCCCAAACACCUUUUACUUUAUCUCCUAAUAUUCUUUUUGUUCUUGUUUCUCUGAAAACAAGGUCUCAGGAGAGGAAGAAGAACCACAAUAUAAUUGAAAGGGCAUCAAAUUUGGAGCCAGAAGAACUGGGUUUGGAUUCUGGUUCUUCUACUUGCUUGUGCCCAUCACUUAACUUGACAGGGCUUUAUUUUCAACAUCUGUAAAAUGAGAGCUUUGGAUUAGAUCUUCCUCUAAAGUCUCUUCUACCAAAUCCAGUGAUCUGAUGACAAUUCAUGUAUUAUUUUAUUUACAGCAGGAGUAUUUGCAUUUUCCUAGGUGAUAGCUGAAUUAUGUAAAAAAGUUAAAUCCUUGACUGGUAAAAUUUCAAACCUUAACUGGUUAGCGGUGAGAGACAUUUUGGUACUACACUUGAUUUUAGAUAAAAGACCAAGAAGCAAUUGUGAGAGGCACUUUGGGAAUCAUAGAAGCAUUUGGUUGCCCAAAAGACCAUUCCUGGCCAGAGUCAUCUAACGAUACAGAUUAGAGGAUAAUAAUUGCUUUGGUACAUAAAAGAGGAAUGGCUUUUCUUUCAUGUUAUAAUAAACUUGACAGAGAGCACCACUUUCCCCUAUAUUCUUCCAAAUACUGGACUUGGUAGCAUGCACAGUGUAGCAAGUCACAAUUUUAUUUGACAUUUAAACUAAAGCCUCAGGCGAAAGUCACCAGGUCUAUAAUUAGGAAUUCUUGUCACUGUCAGUGGUAGUGAACCUGAAAUUCUCUAUUAUUCUUGAAUAUUUAAUUUUAAUGAAAAAAAUAGCAAUGGCUUUGUUUUUGAGAUUUUUUUCUGCAAAUUCUUUACAAAUUACUCCCAGUACCUUUUCUCAAAACUGUUUUUUAUAAGAGGAAGCAUUAUUUAUUAUUUACAAAUAGAGGCAGCUCUUGGACUUUAAGGAAUUAUGUGGCAUGAUUUCUUUAGGUAAUGAGAUUAUUUUAGAUUGAAACACCUUGCUCACUUAUAAUUAUCCUGCAUGUAUUAAGUUUUGAUGUCCUCCCUCCAAGAAAACAAAAACCAAGCUGUCCUGGACCCAUUGUACCAUCUGCUGGCUAUUGUGGGGAACUUCCUCUUAUCCUCUCCCUUCCCCCAACCCCCUCAGUAUUGUACUGUAUAUUAUUACUUGACUUUACCUGUUUUCCAUUAGCCAGGACUUGGCUUAUUCUGCUCAGGCAUUAUCACACGCACCCAUCUCCUUUAGCCCCUCUGUUUACUUACUCUGGUCUCUUCCAAAUUUGCCUAGUUAACUUAGGAAAACCUUUAUCCUCCUCUUUCUCUUUGUAAGACAAAAAUGACCCUAAUCAUACGGGAUGAGUGUAAGGACAUACUCAAGAAAUGGGAAAGCUACAUAUUUUGAAGUGAAAUGAGACAUGAUAUAACCAGUAUCAUCCAUCCUAAGGGCCUGGAAACAGUCUAGACAUCACCUUCAGAAUCUCCACAGAUGUUUCUAUGUAUCUUCUCCAUCUCCUCUAAUUAAAUCUGCCUUUCCUCAGGCACUAGCAUUCAAUAGAAGUAAAAAGCUAUUUCUUAUUCAGCCCCCCUCCCCCCAAUUUUGCUUAAUUACUAGUACUGAAACAUUUUCUGCUAAUUUUAACUGCAGGUGUAUAAAAUUUCAACCCUAUUAUGGCUUUUGUGGAGCUAGGCUGGAAUAAUCCUUACAGCCAUUUUAUAGCAUCAUUUCUUUAGGGAGAAAAAAAGUUUGGCAUUUCAUAUAUCCAAUUUACCCAAGAACUUUUUGGACAGGGCUUGUAUCAAAGUGAAGAUAAUCUUGAUUCAAGUAUAAAUCUCCCCCGCAGUGAUAAAUACAAACUUUCCACUUGUUUUCAGUGUUUCAGUAUAGUAGGUCUGAGAAUAGUCCCCCUGUGAAAAACAGGAACUGUGCUUGUCUGUUACCAGUUCUUGUGGUCUAUAUGGCAACUAUUUUGCUUUUUCAGAAGGGAGGGAAACACAUUUAAAACUAAUUGAAUAAAAGCAGCUAAAACUAAGUGACCCUUGAGACUUGAGUACAGCUGCUCAUCCCAGCAUAACAUGGAGAGUGAGUUGUUGUUUUAUCAUUUAUUUAGCAGUGGUACAGAUUUAUUUAGCUUUAAACUGGGAAAACAGGAACUGUAACUGUUGAGGUGUUUCUCUUCAUUAAUUUGCAUGUGCCCUGUUUUUAUUUAGUGGGGAGGUGUGUGCACAAUAUGUAUGCAAGGGUAAUUUAGCACGUCAGCUAUUUCCUACAAGUCGCUCUUGCUGACUCACAAGUCUGCUGCAGCUCUCAGCUGGCCUCACUGUAAACUGCCCACAAGGGAAGACCGAGACUUCAAGAACUCUGAGUGCCAUGGAGUUGCUCAGGGGUUAUUUUCAGUUCUGUGGUCACUGGUCGGCUGGCUUCUCUUCCUCUUCCAACAGCCAAAACAUAAUCUUUUGGUUGAAUAGUAGAACAUCAGACUUUCGCCUGUGUUUCAGGCUAAUGGAGGUCUCCGAUUCAGAAAGUGAGGAUUCCGGAGAGGAAAAGAAUGAUCAGGAGCUGCCACACUCUGUGACAUGUCCGACCCCUUGAUCCAGUCCGUGCAACAUGUACAAGGGUGUGAACGGCAUGUCUGUGGAUGAGAAGACUGAAUCCCCCAUGUAUGUGUAUGAGUCAACAGUCCAUUGUACCAAUAUCCUCCUGUGCCUCAAUGACCAGCGGAAGAAGGAUAUUCUUUGUGAUGUGACUUUGAUCGUGGAAAGGAAAGAGUUCCGAGCCCACCGGGCUGUGUUGGCAGCAUGCAGCGAAUACUUCUGGCAAGCUCUGGUAGGACAGACGAAACAUGACUUGGUUGUCAGCCUGCCUGAGGAGGUCACCGCUCGGGGGUUUGGGCCAUUGUUACAGUUCGCCUACACCGCGGAGCUGUUACUCAGCCGAGAGAACAUCCAGGAGGUCAUCCGCUGUGCAGAGUUCCUGCGCAUGCACAACCUGGAGGACUCCUGCUUCAGUUUCCUGCAGACCCAGCUCCUGAACAACGAGGAUGGCCUGUUCCUGUGCAAAAAGGACACCUCUUGCCAGCGUGUACACGCCGACGACGGGGAGAACUCAGAGGGCGAGGAGGAGGAGGAAACCAUGGAGUCGGAGACCUCCAAGAUCUCGUGCCCCAAGGAGCGGCUGCAUCCAGAGCCCCUCGGCUUCGAGUGUGCAGCACCCGUAGCGGAGAAGGAAGAAGGGGUGCUGCUUCCUGACUCGGAAGUGCCGAGAGACGACGGCAGGGGCAGCCUGGACAAGGAGGCGCUGACACGGUACCCCAGAUAUAAGAAAUACCAACUUGCUUGUACCAAGAAUGUUGUCUACAACACAUCGCACAUCAGUACCUCAGGUUUUGCAAGCGCACUCAGUGAAGAGAACCCGGGCAAUGGCCUCCAGGCAGGACUGCCCGUAGGGCAGAUUAAAAGUGAACCUCAAAGUGAAGAGAAUGAGGAAGAGAGCAUCACCCUCUGCCUGUCUGGAGAGGAGCCUGACGUCAGGGACAAAGAGGGGGACAUGGACAUGGAUAGGAAACAGCCCAGCCCCACCCCUGUGGCCACCACCUCUGCUGCUGCUGCUGUUGCUGCUGCUGCUGCCGCCGCGGCCACAGCCACCGCUGCUGCCCCCUCGGCUGCCUGCAUGGACAGAUCUAAAAGCGGGGCCUCCCCUUCCUGUUUAGGGUCUCUCUUCAACAGAACAAAAAGUGCAGAGUUGCCCAGUACUUCCCAACAGCACUUUGCCAGGAGUCCAGCUUGCCCUUUGGACAAGGGGACAACUCAGGGUGACCAUAAAACUGACUACAGCCCUUUCACAGGGAAUUACGGACAGCCCCAUGCCAGUCAGAAGGAUGCUUCUAGUGUCCCAGUGGGGUCUCCUCUCAAGGGGCCCGCUUUUGAAACUCUCUGUAAGCAAGAAGGCGAGCUGGACAGGCGGAGUGUGAUCUUCUCUUCCAGCGCUUGUGACCAAGGGAACACUUCGGUGCAUUCAUACUCUGGCGUGAGUAGUUUGGACAAAGACCUCACCGAGCCCGUGCCAAAGGGUCUUUGGGCAGGAGCUAGCCAGUCCCUCCCUAGCUCACAGACCUAUUCCCACAGUGGACUAAUAGCUGAUCACUUGCCAGGAAGGAUGCGGCCGAAUACCAGCUGCCCGGUGCCAAUUAAAGUUUGCCCUCGAUCUCCCCCCUUGGAGACCAGGACCAGGACCUCCAGCUCCUGCUCCUCCUACUCCUACGCAGAAGAUGGGAGUGGUGGUUCUCCUUGUAGCCUCCCUCUCUGUGAAUUCUCUUCCUCUCCCUGUUCCCAGGGAGCCCGAUUCCUUGCCACUGAUCAUCAGGAGCCAAGCCUGAUGGGAGAUGGAAUGUACAACCAAGUCCGACCCCAAAUUAAAUGUGAGCAGUCCUAUGGAACCAACUCAAGCGAUGAGUCUGGAUCGUUCUCUGAAGCAGACAGUGAGUCAUGUCCAGUGCAAGACAGGGGCCACGAGGUCAAACUUCCCUUUCCUGUCGAUCAAAUCACAGAUCUUCCAAGGAAUGACUUCCAGAUGAUGAUAAAGAUGCACAAGUUAACCUCAGAACAGUUAGAGUUCAUUCAUGACGUUCGCCGACGCAGCAAGAAUCGAAUUGCAGCUCAGCGCUGCCGCAAAAGGAAGCUGGACUGCAUUCAGAAUUUAGAAUGUGAAAUACGGAAAUUGGUAUGUGAGAAAGAGAAACUGUUAUCAGAAAGAAACCAGCUGAAAGCGUGCAUGGGGGAACUUUUAGAUAACUUCUCCUGCCUUUCCCAAGAAGUCUGCCGAGAUAUCCAGAGUCCUGAGCAGAUCCAAGCCUUGCACCGGUAUUGUCCUGUCCUCAGGCCAAUGGAUCUCCCCACAGCCACCAGUAUUAACCCUUCGACCACUGGCAUGGAGCAAAAUCUGGCAGCAUCCCAGUGUGUAGGGGAAAGCAUGCAGUGCUGCUUGGAUCAGGGCACUGUGCCCCUUGGGGCUCCCUGGCUGCCCAACAAUGUCUCAGAGAAUUGUACAGCUGGGAGGAGAUUGGAUGGAGCUGACCAAGGUACCUAUUCAGAGAGAGGGCCCUCUCUAGAACCAAGAAGCCAAACGGUGACCGUGGACUUCUGCCAGGAAAUGACUGAUAAAUGUACAACAGACGAACAGCCCAGGAAAGAUUAUACCUAGUGAACUUGGGCCCCGACAUCCCCACCCAGACAAAUGUUCGUCAGUCAGCCUGUGGCCAGUUCAUUUGUUGUCUAGAAGAACGAAUUUGGUGCACACUACAGUGGUCUUAGCAGCAAUACUGUUUUUAAGUAUUUCCUCCUCCCUCCAAGCUGGAGUUACCUAGUUAUCUUCACAAUGGUGCUAUCCCUUGCCCAGGCAGGGAACUCAAACAGUGGCAACACUGUCUGUUUUUAUAUGUUAAUUUCAAUCUUAACAGGGAUGGACAUAACACCUCUGAGGACCCAACCACAGAUUAUUUUCUCAGUGGCCCAUGUCACAAAACCCUAUCUCAGGAAUUUCCUCUGAAUGUUCAAUUUUUUUUCAUUGAAGACAGCUUCUAUACACAUCAAAGUUUUAUAACUAAACUGUACAUAUAAUAUAUAUAUAAUAUAUAAAAAUAUAUCUCCAUAUGCAAAAGUCCCUGCAUGCCUCAAUUUUCUCAUCCUAAAACUGGAAACUUUCAUUUCUAAUGUAUAAACAGGUUCCAACAUUCCUUUUUUUUUCUUUUUUUUCCUUUGCCUUUGAUGCUAGAAGUAGUUUGGUAACUUGUUAUGGUGGUAAUUUUUUUUCUUGGUUCAUAGUUCAUCAAUAUUACUCAGUUUGUACUUAUUUAUGGAAAAAAUUCAACAUGGAAAGCUUAUUUGAGAGUUGAUUGCAGACCUUUUGUUUUGUUUUGCUUAAUUUUGGGCACAGCCAAAUGGUGCCAUCUGAACAUUGUGGAUUUUUUUUCUUGCAGAUACUGUACAGUAAUGGUCAACUUUGCCACUUGCACUGAGUUUGGGGUCAAACCUAUUUUCAUAAAUGAAGUUGUAACUUCAGUAUAACUCGAGUAUACUGUAUAUUAUUUGCUUUAUAGUUUAAAAAAAUUAAACCAUUUUAGGUAAUUAAAAAAAGCACUCAGGUGAUAAUUAUGUAGGAGAAACAAUCUUGCCAAAUAAUGAAUUCACCCUCCAAUUUGUAGAUGAUAAUCUGCUUGAAUAUUUUUGUAUUUGAACUCCUUAGCCCCCUCCCUUCCCUUUCCCCAAGCCAAUUUGAAAUGUAUCUAGUUGGUGGUGGAUGCUUGAUGUCCGGAUUCCUGGGUGGGGAAAGAGUUUGGGCAUCCCACUUGAAAAAUGCAUCAGUAACAGAACAUCCAUCUGUGACUUUACGCCAGGAUUCUUUAGGUGUUGGUGUAUAGAAAACAAGUUAGUUCUGUUUUCUUCCCCAAGGAAGUAAGCUGUGGUCUGAUCACUUCUUACUCUCUGAGGAGUUCUGUGGUAGGAUCUUCUCUUUUGAAGUCAUGGCCAUCAACCCAACUACCUUUGAGAAGGUCAGUCUCCCUGGAGAUGACUGAAGCAAUUGGUGGAGCUGUAGAUUCACUGAAUGGUCCAGAAGGCCAGAGAAACAAGCAUGCCCCAAGUAGGAGAGACAGCAGUGCAGUUGCAAACCCAAAGUCUCCUGGCAUUGGCAGAAGAGGUUUUUUUUUUUCCCUCCCUUCCUCCUCCAAGUGCAUUGAGUUGUAUUUUGAGGUUACUUCACUGUCCUGCUGCCCAAGUGCAUCUAUAGUUCAUACUGAGGCUUUAGAAAAGACAAUACCAGAACUCUUCCUAAUGGCAUUUUUCCUCUCUUGCUGCAAAAUUGGUUGGUUGUGCACAUCUACGUAAAGAGAGCAGCUUUUCCUCAGCACAGAGGGCUGGUGUUCUUUCUCCUCUGGUGCAAACGUUUACAUGAGGUGUGCAUCAAUGUUUCUCUUCAGGCACUCAGUAGCUCAGCAUCUUUCCUUUAGGAGGAGGAAUCAGCUCCCUCACUCCAGUGAUACUUUUAUGACAUCAUGAAUAUGGACACUCAUGAAUGCCCUGGUCUUGCUUAUCACCCCUUGACCCCGUGGCUACUACAGUCUGGCUCUGGAGGAGAAUUGUGUAUGGUUUGAUAUGGGGCUAGGGUGGGAGAGUCCAUCGGGGGCUAGGUGGCUGAUUUUUGGUUCUUUCUUUGUGCCACUGUUUGGACAAAUAUUAAAGAAGCAUGUAAAAGGGGGGAGUUAGUAUAAAACAUAGGCGAAAAGUGAAACCAUAAUAACAUGUUUUAGUAUUAACUUUUUCUGUACAAAAUACUAGCUCUAAAUGUUUAAAUAUGUAUGGAUGCCAGAAAUUGUCGAUUCACACCAUAGGGGGGGGAAAAAAGCCUUUUCUUUUCAAAUGCUUUCUUUUUGAAGACCUGCCUCUAGGUUUUUGUUUUGAUGUGUAUGUGUGUGUGUGUAUGUGUGUGUGUGUGCCUGAAACCGUUUUUUAUAAGGCCCUCUAUGGAAUUAUUUUUUUUCUUAUUUGUUGUUGUUGGAAUUUCUUGACCUUGUAAAGUAAUUCUUUACUUCACCAUGAGGUUUUCAUUUGUGGGAGACAAUGGUGACAGCAAGAAUUUUUUAACUAAAUGUGAAUCACAUGAUCACUUCAUAGGUUUUUGUUAUGGGGAGGAGGUCAACUGACAGUAUUUUUUAAACUAUUUUUGUUGUUGCCUUUUUUAACGACCUCCUCCUUUUUUUUAACUGUCCUAUGAGUAUAUAAAAAACCAAGUCUGCACCAGCUUCUUGACAUGAUUUUACCCAAUUCACAACUCAUGUGCAACUGGUAGUCUUGACCUCAUUCCAUCCUUUGUGCAUAUUCUUGUUCUUGUUAAACACCCACAGACCUUGUGAUGCAGCUAAUUGUUCUAGCCUGGCUCUCGCUGACGGUGAAUCUGUUUGUUUUUCCCUCUCCUGACUCUGUCUACUACCCCAACCUUUGCCAUGGGAACUAUUAAUGAAAACCAUUGCUUACAGGGAAAAAAAAACUUUUUCAAACUUUAGGGGAUUUAUUUUUUAAAUUAUAUUUAUUUACCCAAUGAGUUGACUGAUUCCAUGAAAUUGCUUAGAUGCUGUGGAUGUGGUCUGAACCAUGUGCUUACUAAAUUUGUUACUGAUUCAUUUGGAAAGACUUUAGAGGGAGACACUUGGGAGGACUAGAUACAAGACAGAAUCUGAACUGGUUCCCAUGCGGUAAAGAAUUUUUUAAAAAAUUAUUAGAUACUUUCCUCUUUCUUCCUUUCCUUCUCCUUACUCUUAAUUUAAAAAAAAAUUUUUAACAAAGUAAAAGUACCAGCAAAAAAAAAAUUUACACAAAAUUAAAGUCUUAUAUUGUGCUUUUGAAAUCCCUUCCUUCCAAAUACCUAUCCAUGGCCAAAGUUCUGGUAGUGUCUACAUCAAAUUCCAAGUGGCUUCCAACCACUGGGGCUACCAAUCAUUGGGGCAACAGCAAUAAGUAGGCAUAUCUCACCCCAGUUUAGUGUUCUCUUAGUCAUCUGCCUUCUCCAGGUUCCCUGUAUCGCCAAAAGAACCUGAUUUCAUUUAAGCUUAUUGUGCUAUUGUCACUCAAAAGCUUUGCAGUGUGUAUUUGUUUCUGUACAUUCUCUGGGGGUGCCUUGGAUAAGACAGAACUCCAUUGCAUGCUGAUUCUGGAACAAAUUGGUUGGGAAGGAAAAAGAAAAACUCUCAGUCAAGUUACUAGGACAUCCUAAUAUUUAUAUCUUGGACUUCCUAAUGGAUGAUGACUCAGGCAUCAAGGGUUGAUGCUGCAGUAGAAGACUAUUAUUUUGUAUAGCGUACGAGUAAUUUAUUAAAUGACUUUCCAAGGGUAUGCUGCUUUUAAGAUGCACUAUAUUUUCGGAUUUAAUCCUUAUAUUAUUGUUUUCCCAAGGAAGUAAAAACAUUGUAUUACAAAGGCUAAAAACCUUAGUGAUUAGUAAACCAACUACUACCUUUCUUUUUAAAAGGAGAGUGGGGAUUAGUUAUAGUAAUGGCAUUAGAUUAACCGAGUGUAGGGGAAGUGUUGCUCAUGUUAAAUUCAUCACUGCUGUGGAAAGGUCCAAUGCAAAUUUUCUAGAUAUUUUAAAUACUUUAUAAUUGCCAGUUUUACACACACACACACACACACACACACACACACACACACACACACACACACACACACAGAAAUUUUACUAUUAUAGCCCUAUCAGAAGACAGUUCCUUUAAAAAAAACCAGAAAGUCUAUGCCACAAUGCUCUGCUGUUAGAAUCCGAUGAACUACAGGUCCCUGAUUGUGUUAAAACUAAAAAGAGAAAGGUUGGGUUGGAGAAAAGCCAGAAUCCUCCCAAGAUGUACUUCUCAAGCUUUCGCUAGGUUCUCACCCCCUAUCUUUGUCCUACAUAGUUUUGCCAAUUGUAUGCUCUUCACCCCACCCCAAUUUAAGCUAAGAAUUGCUUGGUCAGUCUUUUCAAACCAGCCAAACACCAUUAGCACAGUUUGGGGUGGCCGUGGUUCUAUUCUCGACUCACUGGGAAUGCAUGUGUAGUAAUUGCCUUUGAAGUUUUCCCAAUGGAGGUGAAUUUCUUGCAGAAGCAGGGAGUGCUCAUGGCAGCUGCACACCCCAUGUAAUGUUAGAGCUCCUGCUGAAGAUAACAGUAGCUACAGGACAUUUUUUAGGAGAGAAAAUGUAGAUAUUCUGUUGUGAGCUAGUAUUUUCUUCAGAUAUUAUGGUUUUUAUUUUAGGUUAUGUUUCUGGCAAAGCAAUCUUUAGUGUGAUUCAGUCUAUGUGGAUUUAGCAUCCAUGUAGGAAGUAUGUGCGUGUGUGCGUGUGUAUGUACGUAUGUGUGCUUUGUGUAUAAUAUGUAUAUGUAUGUGUAUUUAUAAUACAACCUGAAUUAUUUUAUGACCCAGGCAUCAUCGCCGAUGCUGUCGAAUCCAAUCUACGUGAACAUACGUAUGUGUGUGCAAAGAAUAUAUGUAUAUAGAAAAGACCUAUUAUGGCGGAUUGGGGAUAAAUUAUUGAUCUGACAGUGCAACAACACAGCUUGCAACAAAAAAGUAAAUGUACAGUAUUUUCCUACACUCCACCAUGGUAGAUGAUAUUUAUACUAAAGUAAUAUCAGUGACAUGUUUUUAACUGUAAACAUAAGACAUUGCCAUUUUGUGAAGAAAACCACUUUGGUGAGGGGGGUCAACUUGAGUAGUUUUUAUUUAAUGUUGUAACGUGGUAACUAGCCAAAUCCGACAGCUGAUGAAAUAAACAGUUCUGUGAAUUUCACUUUCAUUCCAGUACUAUUGACCUCAAAUCAAAGAAUGGCCCUCUCGAUGAGCAGAAGUGCACCAAGACCAGACAUUUCCCUCAGACUCACGCGUAGUGCCAAAAAUGCUCCCUCCAGCCCGGGGAAUGGGGGGGAAUGGGGGGAUUGCUAGGAGCACAUAGCAAAAGAUCUGUGCCCCUGAAGAAAAAAAAGUGGAAGCAACUGGAGUUGGUCAAAGCGUUUUCUCUCAGCAGGGUGAUUCUCAGACCUCUACUAUCUCUGGAGACAAGGGUGUGCGUGUGUGUGUAUGCGUGUGUGUGAGUGAGUGUGUGUGUGAGUGUGUGUGUGUGUGUGUGCGUGUUUCCCACCCACCUGGCUCACAUUCGAUCAGAGUGUAUUUGGCAUGUCUGUGUUCUAUUGCUGCUUUGGAGGACCCUGACUCGGGAGCACCCCGAGAACAAGCGAGAGCAAGAGCGAACACAGCAGGGAUUGUUGGGUGCUUGUCCUCAUAUUGGCACCAUUCCUUUCAAGCAUCGCUUUGGAUUUUGAGGCCAGGAGUAAAUAAAUACCUGUAGAAUUUGUUCCAGAACCAGUCCAAUACAACUGCACCUCUAAUAAAUGCCUUACAAACUUCAGAGGCCAUAUUCAGAACAGGGUUUUAUCAGCGUAUGCAAGGGGCUGCAGCCCCUCUUCUCUUCCUCCCCAGGUCAAACAGUAUGGACAGUUUUCACACAUAUCUACCUGUAUAAUCCUCUGUACCUCUCAUAACUGGUCAAUGACUGUAACAGGUUACAUCAGGUGUUUUUCUACAUACUUUUUACACAGAUUCUAUGCGAUUAAUGUAACUUAAUUCAAUGCAUCAUUUAAUUGUACUAGUUCUUAAGCUUGUCUAUUUUUUUUUGUAGGUGACCGUGGUUUCUUGUGAUUUUUAUUGUAAAAAUGAGAUGGUUGUUAAUGCUUAUUCUCUGUUACUAAGAAUUUUUACCUUUUUGGAAAAAAAAACGCGUUGCUAUGAACUAAUGAAUUAAAACUUCAUUUACUCGUUGUAAAUACAGUAUUGUGCAAAAAAAAAAAAAACAGCCCAACCCUUUUCAUUAAUUUGAAUUGCUAGUGUUAACUGAAUUUUGUCUAGACACCAUUUCUGUUGAAGAAAUAAAGACAUAUCAUUAUGUAUUGUAAAUUGA